AUGAACUUCAACUUUACUGAGUCUGGUCAAGACUUAGCAAACAAUGUCCACCAAACAAUCAAAGCCGAAACAAGCAUGCGACAACUGUCGCCGUCGCAAAAUAAAAUGUUCCCCGAUGUUCUUCGUCGCAAGGGGCCUAAAUUCCGCACUUUAUAUCCUCUAGCCCCGAUUCACCCUCUCUCAUCCCGACCCGAUCCUCCCGAGAGUCUGUAUCCCGAGGAUGCCAGCACCGGUGAGAUCCCGGAUUACCAAUUCAACUCGCCCAUUUCGCCAGGGUUUAUAAUCUCAGACUCGCAGUUCUCAGGCCAGGACUUUUCGGAUACUUUUUCCCACUUGCCGCCUCCGGAUCUUGUCUCGUCUCCGAGCUCCACGGACUCAAAUGUGGAAUCUGCCAUUGGCUAUGGCUAUGGAUAUGCGAGACCGGCCGCCCGCCGUCUCUCACCACAGAUUCUGCUCGUCCAUGUCAAUAUCUACCUCAAGUACUUGUUCCCGAUUAUGCCAGUGGUCCGAGGGGACCAGCUCCGGCAAGAUUGCCAGCAGCCCGGCCAGCUGUCUGCACAGCGGUAUGCAUUUUUGGCGUCGCUGUGUGCAGCUACACAUAUCCAGUUGAAACUGGAUGGGCCGACACCUGUGUCGGAUCCUGCGCGUUUUCACAAUAUGAGCAUCGGGGACGGACACUCGUUGAUGUCUGGGGAAGAUCUUCUUGCGGAGGCCGUGCGGGCGCGGCGGGACUGUGAUGUCUUAGAAGAACUUAACACGGAGUCACUUUUGACUUCGUUCUUUCUGUUUGCCUCGUAUGGGAACCUUGAUCGUCAGGAUCAGGCUUGGUUCUUUUUGUGCCAGGCUACCUCAUUUGCAUUUACACUUGGUUUGCAUCGCGAGCAGACGUAUGCAGAGUAUGAGGUUGAAGAAGCGGAGGAAAGACGGCGUGUGUUCUGGCUUUUGUUCAUCACAGAGAGAGGUUAUGCUCUCCAGCAAGCGAAGCCAGUUAUGCUGCGCAACUCAAUCCACAAGCCUCAAGUCCUGUGUUCAGAAGAUCCUAUCCUGGCUUACGGAUUCAUCAACCUCAUCAACAUCUUUGAGAAUCUCACCCCGAACCUUUAUGAUUGGAUAUCUGCCGGUGGCGGAGAUGGCAUCUUGGAGAAGCCACCAACCUCUGCCAUCCAAUCUAACCUGUGCAAGGCUAUCUCCCUAGAGGGGGUCCUUGAGAUCCAGCAGGUUGAUAUCUUGAUCACGCAACAGUGGCUGCAGACAAUGAUGUGGAAACUGUCUAUGAGCCAUGCCACACAGCCUGCUUCGCGUGACGAUGCAGUUUUGCCAUUUCACCUUCCAGUGAUGGUGGGUAAAUCCGUGAUGAGCGUGAUUGGUGCUGCAUCGCAGGGUGCUGUUGAUGCGCAUGGGAUUGGAAUGGAACAAAAACUCUUUGAUCUAGGGUCGUCCGUCGCGGAUGUCACAAGAUCUCUUGGACCAAAAGCCGUCCAUAGACUGGCCGAGUCAAUUAUUGAUCCAAACGAGUUGCUGUGGGGUAUACUUCACACGCUUUCUCAGAUACGUGGUUCGCCUUCGUACCUUUUCCCUACAUUUCUCGAUCGUUGCAGAACCGUGCUGGGACUCGACUGCAACAUCACCACGGGGAAUUUCCUCCCUAUACUCGGUGCUGCUGUGCCAGAUCAGCUGGCUUCCUGGUCUGGACAGCAUGUCUGGGAUUACGCUGCUAGUGCAAAGGAUAUCGAGAUCCAUGAUAACAAUGGCCAAGCUGAGUCAGCCCCUCAUGCGCAUAUGCCGCAGCAAUUGGGCUUCGAGAAUUGUCUCUUGGGAUAA